AUUGAUGCGGUGGUUUGAAUUGAAGUGCGAAGCUCCGCAUUUCCAAUAAUAUUCGUUUUUAUAUUGUAUAUUUUAAGUUAAGUAAAUGAAUUUGUGAUUUGUGUAAAGUUGACUUUCUAUUAUUUGUCGUAAGUGCUUAUUUAGUUAAUCAUGGUUCUGGCGGAACGAAGUACUGAUGUUCGAAACGGGAAGCGGUCGAGAGGGCCUAGCCCCAAUGGCCAUGGAAGUCCAGAUUCCAGUUCAGAGGAUGAGAAUGUAGUGCCAUUUGCAGCUGAGAAGAUAAGAGUAGGACGGGACUACCAGGCAGUGUGCCCCGAGCUGGAGCCCUUGGAACAGCGAAGACCUGAACUAAUUUCUGACAGAGCAUUGCUUGUGUGGUCACCUACUUGUGACAUAUCUGAUUCCAAAUUGGACGAAUACAUAACUAUAGCUAAAGAAAAGUAUGGGUAUAAUGGUGAACAAGCACUUGGUAUGUUAUUCUGGCAUAAACAUGACCUAAAUCGGGCUUCCAUGGAUUUGGCCAACUUCACACCGUUUCCAGACGAGUGGACAGUGGAGGAUAAAGUGCUAUUUGAGCAGGCAUUCCAGUUUCAUGGCAAAAGCUUUCACAGAAUUAGGCAGAUGUUACCCGACAAAUCAAUAGCAUCAUUAGUUAAAUAUUACUAUUCAUGGAAAAAAACAAGAGCACGGACUUCACUGAUGGAUGUGGUUGGUGAAGGUCGCACGGCUACAGGAUCGGGUACAGGCAAGCGGGAAUCCGGUGCCGGGUCAGAGCCUGGAGGCUCAGACAAGGAGUCCGAUAAUGAUGAGAAGAAGUGGACUAUCCAUCGGGGUAUUGUCCGCGGGAGCAGGUCGCCCGGCCCGGCGACGCGCAGCGAGCGCAGCGGCUCGCAAGGCGCCCAGGGCGAGAACGGCGGCGAGGGCGCGGGCAAGUGGUGCUCGGUGUGCGGCAUUCAAUGCUCCCAGACCACGGCGCACAACUCGCAAAAGCUGUGUCAGGCCUGCCUCGUGCACGCCAGACGCACGGGGACGAUGAGACCGCUCUGUGGCCCGUCGGGGCGGCGCGGGCCCGGCUCCAAACAGCAGCGGUACAAGCACCGGCUGCCGAGAGGCAUUUACAUCAAUCAUGAUGAUCUGGUGGCCAUGGCGACCGGCCCGCAGCCCGGCGAGCCUUCGCAGCCCGGGCUCGUCAAUCAGGGCGAGGCGAUGCUCAAAGCCAUGGACAGAGAAAUUAUAUCUCUCAAGAGACAAGUGCAACAGAACAAGCAGCAACUAAGUGCAAUGAAGCGUAAAGUUGGAGACAGUGGAGUCGAGGAACUGAGGCCUGGCGAGCCUCCGGCAAAAAUUAACUCGCGCUGGACUAAUGACGAGUUAUUAAUGGCUGUGACAGCUGUUAGGAAAUAUGGCAAAGACUUCCAAGCCAUCGCAGAGACACUGGGCACAAAGACCGAAGCGCAUGUACGCACGUUCUUCAUCUCUUACCGCCGACGAUACAACCUCGACGCCGUGCUGCGAGAGCAUGAAGCUGACCGCGGCAACGCCAACCACAUACCCGCAGGAACCACUAGCACGGAAAACGCCGAAAGUGCCGUUGAUAAUUCUAAUGGUAACAAUGGGACAGCUUCCCCACAAAUCACAUCUAAGGACGAAAAAACGGAAGUGGACAGCGAAGGCGUAGCCAUCGGCGCGCCGGCGGAGCAGGGCGGGCCGCCCACCACGCCGCCCAAGCACAAACCCACCAAGUGAUGCAUCUCACCCGCGCCCUGGCACACGAGCCUAGCCACCGCGACCGAGAUCUAACUAUGGAUGAGCAAACGGCAACGAUUCACCUUACUGUACAGGUCAAAUUCACAAGACCUGGCAUGAAUGGAGCUAGUCACCCGGCAGACAAAUCUGUGUCUAUUCCUCGCCUCACAUGGACGGAUGUGUCCGUCAGACAAAUCUGUCAGGUCAGUACGUGUAUGGCUAGCUAAUGAGCGAACGAAAAUCUGCACCUGUGUGACAGAUGAACCAAUGAAAUGGUGGCUCUUGAUAGUUACGACUAUAUCUAGAUACCGGUGUCACUCCAAUCAAAGUUUUGUUCAUUCCAUUCAUGCCAGCUCUCGUGAAACAAUCUGUACCUCUAGUGUAGAUGUCAUUUGAAAACCAGAGGCCACUUAAACGUUUCGGUAAGCCAAAUUUUGUAUAGGAUCUUUAAGAAAGCGGGACGUUUUGGAAAUUGUCUAAACAAAUUCUUUUCAAAACAAUAUAACGUUUUUGAAUGAAAUUCACACUAGGGACUCUGGUCAUUUAUUAACCCUUUGAACGCCAUUAAUACUGAAGGCGUCUCUAGUCGUACCCACAGCGUCAUGGAAAAUAUGUCAUGUACUAAGGUGUACCGCACUUGCGCUCGUGACCUUGGCGUGACGUUUUUGUUUAUUAAAACGUUCAGUGGGUUAGUGAAAUCGUACUUCCUAGAUCACAGGCUUUUUCGGUCCUAAUAGAAGAAGGGUUCCCUAUAGAUGUAUACGUUGUUUAUGCCUUAUUUCUUUGCCCUCGUAUGAGGUGGAUAGAUUAAGAGUGAAAUCAUGGGCACUUUUCUUCCAUUAAGAUUAUAGAAUAUAAUAAUAAAUUCUGUGUAGGACAAAACAUGUAAUUUUCAUAAAUUAAAAAGGUGAGGGCUACGUUUUUGAUAACGGCCCUUGUAUAUAUUCUAUCGAUUUCAAAAUAUCACAUUUUUGAAGUCUUUCUUAAGUAUCCUUGUACUUUAUAGCGGUGAGGGUUAAAAAUGCGAUAUUUUGGAAGCUAUGCUUAGGUGCAUAUAAUUGCCAAUUUUAAUGAAUUUAUACAAUCGUGUCUCUUGCUUUUCAUCCAAUGUCAAUCACUGAAUUAUUCGCUAUGAUUGCUAAAAUGUAAACUACUUAUGUUAUGAGUGUAUCUAAGCAAUAUGUUCACAAUUAGAAUAUUUAUUCUAUGACAUGUCAUAAAUUUCUUAUGUAAUGAAUUUUAAUUUUCCUACCGGUAUAUUUAGUAAUAAAAAUCUUCAAGGUGGUGAUAAGAAAAACACAGGCAUUUUAUAUGUUAGGACAUAACCCGCAGUCAUCUUGCGACAGGGUUAUCAAACUAUUAGUAUCUCGUCAUCGAGUAUUGUCACAAAAGAGCAUUAAUUUAU